UUAUUGGAUCAACUCAUUAAAAAGCUCUCUCUUCUUCCCUAUACAAAACAAGCUCUUAUUGAACUAACAAAAGUUGUAAACAAUGGAAGAAUCAACAUUAAUCCUUUACUCUUUUCUAUCUCUUGUCAUUCUUCUCUUUUGUUUCAAAUUGUUGUUUCAACCCAAAACUUCCCACAAAAACCUUCCUCCAAGUCCACCUCCUCUUCCCUUUAUCGGCCAUCUCCAUCUCAUAAAACGACCCAUCCAUCGAUUUUACCAUAGUCUGUCACAAAAACAUGGCCCAAUUUGCUCCCUUCGGUUCGGCUUCCGCCUUGUAGUUGUAAUCUCAUCUUCAACAGCAGCCGAGGAAUGUUUCACCAAGAACGAUAUCGUCCUAGCUAACCGACCCAAGUUACUAAUUGGCAAGUACCUUGGCUACAACUAUAGUACGGUCGUUGGCUCACCUUAUGAUGAUCAUUGGCGCAACCUACGUCGGAUUAGUGCCGUUGAGAUCCUCUCACCAAAUCGCUUGAGCGCAUUCCAAAGCAUUAGAAAAGACGAAGUGAAGCGAUUAUUGAUGAAACUACAUAGUGAUUCUCAACAAGGAUUCAUCAAAGUGGAGCUAAAAUCGAUGUUUGUUGAUUUAACAUUUAAUAACAUCAUGAGAAUGGUAGCAGGGAAGAGGUACCAUGGUGGGGAUAGAGUGACAAAUGAAGAAGAGGCCAAGGAGUUUAAGGAGUUAAUGGAGGAGUCUCUUGCGAGUGGAGAAGUAGCCCAUCCAGGAGAUUUUAUCCCCAUUUUGAAUUGGUUUGGUGGAAGGAGUUAUGUGAAGAAGUUGAUGAAUCUUGGAGGGAGGAUGGAUGGGUUCCUGCAAAAGUUGAUUGAUGAGAUUCGAGGUAAGAGCCAAGCUGGGAAUACUAUGAUCGAUCAUCUUCUUUCUUUGCAACAAACUCAGCCUCACUGCUACACUGAUCAACUUAUCAAAGGGCUAAUUCAGGUAAUGCUGCUUGCAGGAACUGACACGUCAGCAGUUACAUUAGAAUGGGCAAUGUCCAAUUUACUUAACAACCCAGAUGUGUUAAAGAAAGCUAGAGCUGAAGUAGAUAGUCAAAUUGGGGAAGAAAGUUUGAUUGAUGAACCGGAUGUUCCCAAGCUACAGUACCUUCAGAGUAUCAUCUUUGAAACCUUUAGGUUGAACCCAGCAGCUCCACUUCUACUUCCACACAUGGCAUCGUCUGAUUGCAGGAUAUCUGGAUACGAUGUGCCACGUGACACGAUCGUAUUGAUCAACGCGUGGGCCAUUCAUAGGGACCCUGAGUUAUGGGAUGAUCCAACAAGUUUUAAACCUGAGAGGUUUGGAAAUGGAGAAAGGGAAUCAAACAAGCUGAUGCCAUUUGGAUUGGGAAGAAGGGCAUGUCCUGGUGCUGGCUUGGCUCAACGAAUGGUUGGGCUGACUUUGGGAUCGUUGAUCCAAUGUUUUGAAUGGGAAAGAGUGAGUGAGCAAGAAAUUGACAUGGCUGAAGGUGAUGGUACCACCAUGCCUAAACUCCUGCCACUGGAAGCCAUGUGUAAAGCUCGUCCCAUUUUUAAUAAGGUUCUCACUGGAACUAUUUAGUACUGUUUUUUAUGUUUCUAAUUACAAGCACCGGGCUAAAUAGAAUCUAAACUAUAAGAAGAAGGGUAACCUCUCGCUAUGUAUGUAUUGUAACCCAAGGUUCUAUACGUCAAUAGACAUUUAUUGAUAUGAAUAAAAAGACAUCCUUAUUAAGAUUUUAAUUUCUCUUGAUAUGUAUGUGUUGAGAAAUGACUUGAAAAUUCUAACAAAUGUGAACAUGAAAUUUUGACUCUUGCUGCAGUGAACAUAUAAUUUACUGUAAUAGUAGUUGUUUCUACAGCAACAAUGUUAUUGCUACAGCGGCAGUCGUUGUUGCUACGUUGAUAACCAUCGU